CCAGCUAGGGAUUUGAUUGUCUUCGCACCAAAUAUUUAACUUUCAGGCACUUUUCGGGCUUUGAAUGUUUCAUACGGUUGAUGGAUAUUCAAGCCUCCUUUCCAUUAAUCUAAUUCUGUUAAAAAAAGAUUGAGAUAUUCAAGUGGGUAUACUGAUAGCGACGAAUGUGAUGUAGUCAACGGUGUAAUGUUUUCUAUUCCUCAGUUCCAAGAAACUUCCCUGUCACAGAUUCAAUCUAUGUGCCAACUAAUAAUCAUGCUUCUCAGAAAAGGCCAGUUCCAAAUACAGUCCGCCUGCUCUCCUUGAGUACAUAUGUAUGCCAUUGACAACAUUAGAUCUUAUCUUCCCAAUUUAAAAUGAUAUUCUCUUCUGUUGUCCCCCUUUUUAUUCUGUCUGUUCUUGUUUUCUGUCCUUUGAUUCAUGCCCAGCAGCUUUAUGAGGGAAAAGCCACAACAAAUUGUUCCAAUACAGGCGAUUCCGUUCUUGGAUACUCCUGCAAUGGCCUAAACAGGACUUGCCAGGCUUACCUCACCUUCAGAUCCCAACCUCCUUAUAACACUGUUGCUUCCAUCUCUACCCUCUUGAACUCUGACCCAUCUCAGCUCUCUGCAAUAAACUCAGUUUCUGAGGCUGCAUCAUUUGAUACAAACAAGUUGGUGCUAGUUCCUGUCAACUGUUCAUGUUCAGGUAACUACUCUCAGGCUAACACAUCUUAUGUUGUCCAGGCAGAAGACUCGCCUUUCUUGAUUGCUAAUAAUACCUAUCAGGGCCUCUCAAACUGUCAAGCUGUCCAGGAUCAAAACAGAAGGCAAACCACUGAUAUAUUUGCUGGUGAAAAGCUGAACAUUCCUCUGAGGUGUGCUUGCCCCACCAAAAACCAAACUGGUGUAGGUAUCAAGUAUCUGUUAAGUUACCUAGUCACUUGGGGAGAUACAGUUUCAGCUGUUAGUGUAAAAUUUGGUGGGGAUACUGGGAGGAGCCUUGAAGCUAAUGGGCUUAGCGAGCAGAAUGCCGUCAUUUAUCCCUUCACUACGCUUUUGAUUCCCCUGGAAAACCCACCAUCGAGUACUCAAACAAUAUCACCACCUCCGCCUCCAGCUUCACCACCGCCUCCUUCAUCACCAUCUCCUAACUCCAAAAAAAGCUCCGAUAAAACAUGGGUUUAUGUCGUCGUUGGGGUUCUUGGAGGAAUUGCCCUUAUCACAGUCCUUGGCAUCAUUAUUUUCUUUGCAAUGUUUCGUAAAAAUAAGAAUAGAUCUGAUCCGAUUACCGUCCCUGAAAGCGUCGAGGCUAUUGAGAAACCCGUCAAGAAGAAGUUGGAUGAAGAAUCUCAGGACUUCUUGGAGAGCAUAUUUAGCAUAGCUCAAUCCAUUAAAGUUUACAGUUUCAAAGAACUGCAAACUGCAACCGAUAAUUUCAGUCCCAGUUGUUGGAUUAGCGGAUCUGUUUAUCGUGGCUUAAUUAAUGGUGACUACGCUGCCAUUAAGAAAGUGAAUGGUGAUGUGACAAAGGAGAUAGAAUUAUUAAACAAGAUUAACCAUUUUAAUCUUGUUCGACUCUCUGGUGUUUGUUUCCGUGAAGGGAAUUGGUAUCUAGUUUACGACUAUGCUGCAAAAGGACCCUUGAGUGAUUGGAUUUAUAGCGCCAACAAUGAUGGGAAGUUCCUAAAUUGGACGCAGAGAGUACAGAUUGCUUUGGAUGUGGCCACAGGGCUUAACUAUCUACACAAUUUUACUAGUCCUUCUCAUGUCCACAAGGAUAUAAAAAGUAGUAAUGUUCUUCUUGAUAGCAAUUUCAGGGCUAAGAUUGCAAAUCUUGCCAAGGCAAGGUCAGCAGAAUUUGCCUUGACAAGGCAUAUUGUUGGAACAAAAGGUUACAUGGCUCCUGAGUACUUGGAACAUGGUCUGGUCUCCACAAAGCUUGAUGUCUAUGCAUUUGGGGUUGUUAUGUUGGAGAUAGUUUCUGGGAAAGAGGUUGCUGCUUUAUACACACAGGAAAAUAUGAACUUAUCAGACGUGUUAAAUGAUGUUCUUUCCAAGGAAGAUGGACAGGAGAUUCUGAGGAAAUUCAUUGAUCCUUCCAUGCAAGGGAAUUAUCCUUUGGAGCUCACUGUUCUUGUGAUGAGAUUGAUUGAUAGUUGCUUGAAUAAAAAUCCAGCAGAUCGCCCAUCCAUGGAUGAGAUCACAGAGUCUCUCUCAAGAAUCUUGACCACUUCACUGAACUGGGAAUCAUCCAACAUCUCAGGGUACCAGUUCAGCAGGAGCUCUUGAGAGAAAGCUAUAUAAAAUGAAUGCUUUCACAACAAUUACAAGUUCUCUUUUUCUUUUUUAGACUUUUCUGCAUUAGUUCUUUCUUUUAUUUUUCUUUUUUUAGGUAAUAUCCAGGAUUGUAUGGCAAAAUUAUAUUGUCAGUAUUUCAGAAAUGUUGUGACAUGGAAACUUUGUAUAUCAUUUGUACCCUUAAGAAGAUCUAUAUUAGUUGAAUAACUGAAUCCAAUCCCAUUACAUGUCA